AUUUUAUUGCCCAUACCCCAUGUAAACAAGCUCUCAAGUCCCAACAAGCUUUCUCGCUUAGAAGCCAAGAUGCCGCUCAACAGGAUAACCUUGAAGUCCACUUCACGGAUGUCUCUCAAUGACAGGUUCACCAGCCUACGGGAGAUUUCGGACACAACUGAUGGGGUUGAUCAGCGGAGGCAAAUAGUGCAGGCAUCUCGCAAGAAUAUGCGAUUAGCUCAACAGAUGGAGCACAGACCAGCAGUCAUAGCUGCUCUUGGCAGUACGCAGCGCGGUCGAGGCCGUGGUCGUGGCCGUGGUGGCCGCGGUAGAGGCCUGCUGCAAGGCGCCCAAGGAGCCGUUAACACCGUGCCGAUGAUGCAGGCUGUUACCAACAGAAAUACUUUCACAACACGAGGAACAGGCAGGAUUUUGAGGGGUGGAAGCAUCCGAGGAAGUGUCAGAGGCAUCAACUUCAGAACGGGAGCUCCACUCACCAGCCGGAUAGGAGCAACUGGAGCACGUAAUGACGCAGCUUCACCUGCCACCUCCCUGCCUAUCAAGAAACGACUUGCCGUGCAGGGGCGUUUAUCACAGCCUGCUUUCACUCGUCGCGGCACAGCGGCAUACACGCGUGGGUCCUUCCGGCCUGUCCAGACCUCCUUCGUCAGAGGUGCCUCAACUAGAGGAGGCGUGCGAGGCAGGGGCGGAUUUCGAGGGCGAGGCGCUACCAGGCCUUCAGCAGGACCUUACCAGAACCGCACUUUCAGAGGGCGAGGGCGUGGCGGAAGAGGAGGCUACAGUCAACAGUGGGGCGAUGGCAAUUAAUAGGAGCAACCGGCUUUAGCUGUUCCUUGUGUUACGCGCGUGCGUGUACGAUCCACACGGUCAUAAAAUAGUCUCCUGUUAGAUUACCAUCAUUCUGUAUUAUUUAUACUUUAACAAUAGUUCGGUGAUCAUGGUUUGUUCUAUUAGCUGAAUAAGCUAAUGAAAACUAUGCUGGUAGCCAUAGUUACAAUUAGGUAUUUAUAUCGGUAUGAGUUUAUUCGAAAUUUGAGACGUUUAUUCUGCACCUACGUGUUUCUCCCGUGAGAAAUUUACUUCAUUGUCAUUGCAGUGUUGUAGUAUCUCAGGGGCAAUGUCGCGGCCUCUUACCGAAAUUUGCCUAAAUUGAAUCCAUCACACCUGGAAGCGAAUUGCCGCUGUCCCUGAAUUACUGGCUUGCGUGGCUAGUGUUAACAUUCGAGAAUCGAACUACUUUUACACAUGGCUAUGGAAUUCCAUGAUUGGUCGGACGUGAUUACUUGCAAUUUUUCAUUCUAAAUGUCAAAA